ACGGUGUCGUUUUUAAGCGUCUUUUGUAUUAGACGCUUUUGUCCUUGGUUCAAUUUUAAAUUCCGAGAUUGCCCUCACGUUUUUUAAACCGGAGAGAUCUCAUUCAUUUCUCCACUGAGAAACCGCUGCUUCUGAUCUGAGUGAGGCCAUGGCGGGGUCUGGGAGUUCCAUGCUGUAUUCAUUUCUUCUAUUUACUGUCAUUCUCUCGCUUCAAGAAAUGUACCGUGGGAAACUAGCAUCGUCAGAGUUAUACACAAUACUUGGAGGGUUUACCAGCUCUCUCCUAUUUCUUGUGCUACUAACUUUCAUUGGAAAUUUUCAGGAAACAACUGGUACAAGAACUGGUUGGGGUGCUGUCAUAAUAGCAGAAUUAGUUGCUCUGAUCGCUGCAGGCACUGUCCACCGAGUUUGCAUCACUACAUGUUUCCUGUUCUCAGCUGUAUUGCUAUAUGAGGUUAACAAGCUUUCCUCGUCAGCGCUUACACCAAUUGACUCCAGAACUAAAAAGCAAGGUGGGAGAGCUUGAUCCUAUGGAUGCUUACUGUCAAAGCACUUUUGGAGAAUUUCCCCUAGUCGCAUUAGUUUUACAACCCUAGUAUCAUAACUUAUACGAAGAGUAUGAUUACCUAACGCUUUAUUACAAUUACAUAUGAUCUUUUUCGAAAGAUGAGCACCAAACUAAAGUCCAAUCAGUUUUUUCACA